ACAAAAAGUUCCAGAAAAUUUUAAUAUAGCGACUCUUUCGCCUUUGUCACCUGCCUACUUUUACAAUAAGAAUGCAAUAGUAGCUGGAUGGGGUAAAAACGAAUACAACAUUUUACCGACAAUGAUGCGUACAGCUCAACUAAUAGUAUUAAGAAUGAGGGAAUGCAGUAGUAAACUUAGUAGAAUACUUGCAGAAUUAAUUCUAAUUCAUAAUAGAUAUAUUUGUACUUGUGCAGAUCCUCAUGUGGUAAUGAAUCAUGGUGACAGUGGUAAUCCAGUUUUUUAUAAUGGUAUGGUUAUAGCUAUUCAUAAGUCGACAAUGCCAUUUCCAGGUGAAGUAGUAAAUCCUCAAAAAAUUAAUAUUCAUACAACUAUUCAUUACUACAGAAAUUUCAUUACUGCUACCACUGAUUCAAAUUUCACUAGAAAAGUUUAUCUUUUAGGUAUUCAGAAUGAUUUUGUCGUUACGAAACCAAUGUUUGGCUCAUUCGUUAGAUUAGCAGAAGAGAACGAAUUUGUUUUUGCUGUAUCAAUGGUUAAAAUUAACAAUAUACAACCUAUUAUAGAAAGGGAUUUUAUUUGCUCAGGAGCACUUGUAACGAAGCAUAAUGUUUUGACUUCUGCGCAUUGUACUGAAAGUUAUGAUCCGACUCAAGUUUUGAUCUAUGCUGGAUCAAUUAAUAUAUUACGUAGUCGCCGAUAUAAAAUAUCAUGGUGGAUAACUUAUAAUAACUGGGCUUAUUCUAUGAAUAUGCUACCUCGAUACUUAUCAAAUGAUAUUGCAAAUAUAAGGCUACGUCGCCCGGUACAUCAAACACUUGUUCCAAUACCAAUUUCUAAUUUGACGAAUGUGCAAUUAUAUGGUCAAUACGUUGACAUAGCGGCAUGGAGUAUAGACAGUGAGGAUUUAUUCCCUGUAAAAUUGAUGACAGUCACUUUAAAUGUCUUGUCGUUAAACGAGUGUAUGGACAGAAUCGAAGUCCUUCAUGGAGAAAGAGUUUCAAUUGAAGAAAGACAUCUUUGCAGUUUUGCAAAUCCUUAUGCAGUAAUGUCGUUUGGUAACAGUGGCGCUCCAAUCAUACAUUUAGGUAAGGUUGUAGGAAUUCAUAAAGCAACUAUACCAUUUGUAAAUGAACCAUACAAUCCACACAAACUUAAUAUUCAUGCGAGCAUUGAUUUUUAUCGUGAUUUUAUUGUAACGGUGAUUGCUCCAGAUUAUAGAUAUUUGGUAAAUUAA